CUUUAUUGUCACUGCCCACAAUGAAAUCGGAGUAGUCACCAUUCCAAUGAAAAAAAAAUCUAACAAAGUAUAAUGAAAAAUAUCAAUAUGUACAAAGGAAAUGUGCAAAUAUAUAAAAUGUCCGUAAUGUGCAGAGUAAUCUGUACAGAUAUGAACAUGUCAGAUGAGUAAAAACAGGGGUGUCCAAAGCCAGGCCUCCUGGUGAUUUUCCAGACACCCUGCCGUAUUGAUUACCUGGAUCAGGUGUGUUUAGCCAAUAAGGAGCUUCAAUGGCAGGUUGGUUGGGAAACAUGAAGGACCCCACCCUCGAGGCCUGGAUUUGGACACCUCUGCUCUACAUGUUCCCCAUUAACAUGGAGGGGGCUGCGUCGGUGCCACGCUUCCUGAAAAUGAUCUCCCUGGUUUUCCUGGAGUUUACAGCAAGCUUGUUCUCCACCCUCAGCUAGAGCAGCACGAGCGCUCCACGGGGAAACAGACGUGAACGCGCCGCCACUCACCGGGCGCAUGCGCGGAUAAAUCGUAUCCAGAGAGGGCGGUGAGCUUCGUGUCGAGUCCGGCGUGAGUUUCGAUCCCACGCCGCUGCUGGCUGCGCGGCUGUGCACAUGCGCGCCCAAGCACGCGCAUUCAGCAGGACCGGACUGACGCAGAGAGACACGACUGGAGCGGAAUGCACCGGACUCCGGCGUGAACGGUGAACGGGAUGCUUGACUGGGAGAAGAUGGGGGGCGUCUCUAACGUUCUGACUUAGCCUCCGGUGUGCGACGGAGAGUCUGCGCAAAGUUUCCUCCAUGGCGCUGGUGAUGGAGCCGGUGAGCAAAUGGAGCACGAGCCAGGUGGUGGACUGGAUGAAAGGUCUGGAUGACUGUCUGCAGCAGUAUGUGGGCGUGUUUAAGCGUGGAGGCGUGUGCGGCGAGCGGCUGCUGAGGAUCAGCCACGCCGAGCUGGAGGAGCUGGGAGUCACUCGGAUUGGACACCAGGAGCUCAUUUUGGAGGCCGUGGACCUGCUGUGUGCACUGAACUCAGGUCUGGAAACAGAAAGCGUCAGAACUCUGGCUCAUAAACUCGGAGCCUCGGCCAAGAACCUGCAGAACUUCAUCUCUGGCCGCCGUCGGAGCAGCCAAUCAGAGAGCAGAACCUCACGGCGGCUUCCCAAUGACCUGCUGACGUCUGUCGUCGAUCUCAUCACCGCUGCCAAAAGCCUGCUGGCCUGGCUAGACAGGUCGCCCUUUGCUGCAGUGGCAGACUACUCUGUAACCCGAAACAACGUCAUCCAGCUCUGCUUGGAGCUCACCACCAUCGUACAGCAGGACUGUACCGUGUUUGAGACGGAGAACAAAAUCCUCCAUGUGUGUAAAACUCUGUCUGAGGUGUGUGAGCACAUCGUGUGCGUGUCAUCGGACCCGCUGGUUUCCCAGUCGGCCCACCUGGAGCUGGUCCACCUCACGAACAUCAAACCCUCUGAAGGCUUGGGGAUGUACAUCAAAUCCACCUAUGAUGGCCUUCAUGUGAUCACAGGAACCACUGAAGGGUCUCCGGCUGACCGAUGCAAGAAGAUCCACGCAGGAGAUGAAGUCAUUCAAGUCAAUCACCAGACUGUGGUGGGCUGGCAGUUACGUAACCUGGUCGGCUCAUUGAGAGCCGAUAAAGGCGUGGUGUCCCUGACUCUGAAGAAGCGUCCACAGAGCACGCUCAGCUCGGCCCCCGCACUGCUGAAGAACAUGCGCUGGAAACCGCUGGCCCUGCAGCCAACCAGGAGCCCAGGCAGCGGAUCAGCCACACCCGCUGACACACCCACCAAGAGCUCCGCCCUCCAGGAUCUCUUCAUCCCGCCUCCACCUGCAGAGCCUUACACACCCAGAGACGAGACAGCAGCCUCGUCUGGAGAUGAAGCAUCUCGUAACCACAGCGGCGUCAGUACUGCUAAACGUUCGGAGUCACCAAACUCCUUCCUUGAUCAAGCGUCUCGACACCGAGAGGAGGAGGAGCCAGUUUACUGCACCACACCUACUUUUGGCAAGCUGAGGCCCAUCUCCAUGCCUGCUGAGUGCAACUGGGUGGGCAGCUACGAGGAUCCAGCCAAACUGAACAGAGAAACACACAGAGAAACCUCGUUGAUGCGCUACAUGGGCUUGUCCAGAAAGGAGGAGCGCAGCGGGUCAUGUGAUUACUCCUCUCACACCACCCGCCCAGGCAAACGCUCCAAUGACACGGCCAAGCGUGCCAAGAGGCGGAGCCACCACAGUCAAAGCCCCUCCCACUACGUUCUUCCCCCCAAUCAGAGAGACUCGCCUCAGAGAGACUCGGCCUCCAGUUAUCAUACAUACCAGCAACAGUCCUCUGUGCAGUCCAAGAACAGGAGGAAGAACAAAGGGCGGAGUUUGGCCUUGCUGAGUCGGAGGCGUGUCUCCUGCAAGGCGCUGGGCAGAGGCGACUGCGAAGGCUGGUUGUGGAGAAAGAGGGAUGCGAAGGGGUACUUUUCUCAGAAAUGGAAGAAGUAUUGGUUUGUGCUGAAAGACAACUGCCUGUACUGGUACAUAAACGAGGAGGACGAGAAGGCGGAGGGUUUUGUCAGUCUUCCAGAGUUUAAGAUCGACCGGGCCAGCGAAUGUCGAAAGAAGUAUGCUUUCAAAGCAUGUCACCCCAAGGUCAAGAGCUUCUACUUUGCAGCAGACGGAGUGGAUGACAUGAACAGGUGGUUGAGUCGUCUCAACACGGCGGCCGUUGGAUACGCCGAGCGAGAGCGGAUGCGCCAGGAUCAAGAUUACUGGAGUGAGAGUGAACAUGAGGAGGACACCACCUCCAGUCCCAAGCAGGACAGUCCUCCACCUCCGUAUGACUCGUACCCACGGCCUCCGUCGAUGAGCACUUACCUGGAAGGUCGAACCACCCGCCUGUCUUCCACAGAAACGUCUCGUUCUCGCUCUUCCCAGGAAGACUUCCUGUGCGGCGAACCCUCAGCGGUGGCUGCGGAACCGCAGUACCACCCCGGUCCACUUGGGGCCGGUACCACACACAGUGGAAGAAAGCCAGGGGGCAGCAGCAGCAGCGACAUGCAGUACAGAUGUGACCCUGUGGAGUACCGCUCCAGUCCUGCAGGCGGCAGCAGUGAGACGGGGUCCCCGGGUCGCUCCUCAUCCUCUCAGAGACGUUCCUGGCAGGACCUGAUCGAGACCCCGCUAACGGAGUCUGGACUGCAUUACCUCCAGACCGGACCGCUGGAGGACGCCGUCUUCGCUGAACCCGGUCUCGGAGGCUGCUCCAUGACUGCCGGAGCCGUUUACACUCUCCCUCCACAGAGGAGCGCCCCGUUGCCCAUGGCAAUGCAGAGGCUGAUCCCUAUGGCAACCCAAGGAGAAAAACCCCGCAGCUUCACGCUGCCACGAGACAGCAAUCUACACUUGCUGCUCGCUCUGCCCGCCAAGGAGGGGCGCGCCACACACGGAGGAACGGAUCUGUGUCUGGAGGCUCUGCUACCCGUCUGCACCGUGAGCUCAAACCGGACCUUCUGCUCUCCUGGCGGUGGCUGUGAAGGCGCGUCUUUGGGGGACUUGUUUCGGGCCUGCGAGCAGGGCGGAGUCUGUCCUCUGGGGCGGGGCUCUGAGGCCAAAGGCCAGACGGAGUUUAGGCAGUCGUUCCUGCGACGCGCCGAGGAUCCUCAGCUGAACGAGCGUCUGCACCGCCUGCGCAUACUGACUUCCACGCUGAAGGACAGGGAGGGGGAGCUAGCGCUGAUCGACAGGCUGCUGGCCGCCCCCCAGCUGUCGUCUGCAGACUUCCAGGAGUGGAAGAAGGCCUAUCAGGAGCUGUUCUCUCAGGAGCCGAGCUCGGAGGCCGAGGCGGGGCCGCCCCUCACCCCGUCGCUGUCUCACACGCACUCCUUCAUUGAGACGCACGUCUGACUCUAAGAACUAACUGCUGCAGAUUCACGCCUCAAGGUUGAGGUCAGAGGAAAGUUUUGCAACUUCAAACGCCUCCUAAGCUUUGAAUCACAUCUGUUAGCUGGUUGGUUGUGGUGCUCCAGGCGGCUCCAGGCGGCUCCAGGCGGCUCCAGGCGGCUCCAGGCGGCUCCAGGCUGGGGGUUGCCAUCAUUCUUCAGAAUUACAGUUAGCUUGCGCGCUAUGUAAAUACUCUCCAUGGAAAGCCUUUGAAAGAAGCUGUCACAGCAUCUUCAUCCGUCCUGCUUGUUGUUUACACUGAGUCUCAUGCACAGGGCAGUGACGGGGGUCAUUUUCCAUGAAGCCUUAUCCUUAAUGAUGUAGAUAUUACUGCACAGUCAGUGUGGUGGCAGACAGAAGCAAUGACCUUUUCUUAUCUCUGCAGUUUAUAUUUAGACGUAGAGGCUUUUGUUCAUGCUGGUUAUUGAACUCUAUUCUGUGCGAGGCUGGACCUGAAGCAUGUACCCCCCUCCCUGGAAGAAGAGCCAUUUCACGGGAAAAAUCCACCCAAACUGCUUUAAGAAAGUUUCAUUUGUCCUCAGAUCCUUUUCUCGUGGAGCUGCUGACCUCUGACCCCAUAAAAGCUAAACAGCCCGUUUGAGUCAUGGGUUUGAUUCCCAGAGGGAAACCAAUUGCUCCUUUAAUGUCAAAGCUGCCCCUGGUUGUCCUAAAAGUGGGAGUUUGAUAAACAAACAUGCUGGAUCCCAAAGGUCUGAUUGGAUCUUCAGAAGCUUUUAAAGAAUCACCACAGAUGGUCAAACAAUCAGACUCAUUAUCAUACAAGGUCCUCAAAGGCUUCUUCUGCGUCUGUGAACAUCGCUCUCCUCCGGUGACUUUGCUGCUUCAGCGUUGGGGGCAGGACUUCCUGCCUGACGGCUGUUGAAUUCUGGCUGCGAUUCUCAUGGAGGGCCGGUGGUUCUGGUCUGGGACGUGCCGCCGUUCCUUUGUCUGAAUUCAACACUUCCAAGUUUAGCUGGCUUUAAGUCAGACAAACGGGAAGAUGCGGCGGGAAUGUUGUGGUUCCUUCCUUCAGAGACAUCAGCUGAUCCUUUCCUUCCGUGGGAACAUCCUCAUGGGUGAAUCUCCACCUUGUGUGGAUGCAGUUCCCGUCCUGAUGCGUGUGAGGACGGACACGCGGAGCCAGCUUUGCUUUACGCGUGCGUCUGUUGUUGGAUUAAACAGAUGGACUAACGUCACGUUAAGAGUUAUGAACGUAACGUUUGGUGUUUAUUUCACAGGGACAGUGCACAUCCAAAGCUUUGCUGCAUGUGCCAGAAUGCACCCAAAGCCAUGAAGCUGAAGCACAAAGAUGAAGGCUUUUAGGCACGUUUUCGCUUAGAUCGCACAAACGGAAACGUUUGACAUAACUGAUGUUUUUCACUUAUGGAGACAUAAAUAUGCUGGAAUUGUAAAACUCAAUUCUUAUAACUUUUAUCGUGUUAGAAGAUCAGUCUGAGCAGUUCCCUCCACUGUUACUGAAAGAAGAGUCAAAGCAAAGCUGAUUUUUUCCAGAUUAGUCUUCAAAACUCAGCCUUUGACCAACUCCGUUUGGAUCAUUGUGACCUGGAAUCCUCCACAGAUCAUGUGCUGGGCUUUGAUGUUCCACAUUGCUGAUGGGAACAAAACCCUGAGACUCUGAAAUACGUGGAUGAAGACUUUUCCAAAUGUGUGUAGUACUACUCUGUUGAAGUAUUUCAUGCAGUCAUUGUGUUUUUGUUCCUUUGUUGUGUGUGGAGAAUCUGUUCAUGUCUGCCUUGGUUUGGUCUCCAGUACUUCCUCCAGUUUCUGAGCCUCAGAAGUCUUUGUGUCAGAAUGUCACCAUCAACCCCCCUUUGGCUGUAAUGGAAGGAGGUUUACUCUGCAGUGUUUCGCCAUCAGACUCCUUUCCAUCCCAGCCUGGACUCUCAGGGUGGGGGCCGUAAUGGGGGGUUAUGAAAGCAAAGGUGAAUGGCCCACCUGCCCACCCCAUUCUGAGGUCCUUCCUCUGUGACACCCGGUUGAGUCAGUGAUCACCGUGACAGGCGAGGUUGUUCCGAUGGCAGUGAGGUCCUGUUUUAGUCAAACAUCUUCUGAGGUUUUUUCCCAGCAGCCACUGCAGGAAGGUUGUCCUGUCAUUGUCAUGAACUCCCCACAGGAUUGCUGAGUCAUAUUGUUCUGAUCAGGUAUGCUAAAGGAGAGGUGACCGUGUCAUCUCCCGGAAGGAGCUAACGAAAAACGAGGACUGAUGAAACUUGGUGGUUUGGAUUGUUCUGACCCUUGACAGCACCUUAAAAUAAAUUCUCUUCUGGCAUCUGGUACUUGACCUGAGAGGAAUGUUUUUUAGACUUUGGAUGCAGUUUGGUUGCCAUGUGAUGCUGGUUGCUAAGGAAAGAGGACUUGGACGCAGGUCCAUCAGCCCCAGACGUCAGAAGGAGUUAUAAUUUUAACCCCAGUGUGACUCCCAGUUCCCUCUGAUGCUCCACGAUUUCAUCUGUGGGGCAUCCUGGGGCAGCUUUGUGCCUCCGCUGCCCAAUCCCUGCGAAGCUUUUAUUGUGUUCAUGUUGUUUAUUCAGAUUUAUCUUCAAGUCAUAAAAAUGUACCAGCUUGGUAGCCUUUAGGAAAACGAUUGUUGGUUUUAGUGGCUUUAGUGCAAAACCUCGUUCUUCUUUAAAAAAAAAAUCAGGAAAUUCAGAUUUAUGAAACACAAUCAGUAACAAAUUAGUGUUUAUUUCAUGGAGUUUAAUGAAUCGUAGAUGAUACGAUAAUUAUUUUACGUUUUCAAAGAAAAGUUUAUUUUAUGCCCUAGAUUUUAUUUUCUGUCUCAUCAAUGUCAUAACUCGCCGCGGGUGGAUUUUUAGCUUUCUUUACCGCAUGUAACAUCAACAUAGGAAGUUUAAAAUGAAUGUUUUAUUUAUAUACUGAGAUAAUGCACAAACUACAGAAGCAAUCACCCGUACAAAGGCAGAUGAAGCCGGUCUGAAUUGCUCUUUUAUGCUGCUGCCUGUGAUUGAUUGUAGUAGAAUGUCUUCAAUGAAAAAAUAAAACGAUAUUUAUUUUCUCGUUUGUGUCUUAAUAAUCAGAUUCUGGAGAUUUAAAUGGAUAGAGUACAAAUAUGUGUCAUCAUUUCUUUGGGAAGCCUGUCUUUAAGUAAUGAUGUAAUGAGUAAAUCUCAGUAUUUAUUUAUGUGACUCCUACGUUCUGUUAAGGAUGGGUCAAUAAAGGUUUGAAUGAA